AUGAGACUAUUAGAAUCAAUAUUGUUAUAAACAAUUUAAGAUAUUAAUGAUUGGAGAAAUGAACCAGAUGAAAGCAUAAUGUUUUAGUAAGAGAUAAAGUUAACAAAGGAGGAAUUAUAAAAUUUAAAUCUAGCAGAUAAAUAAUUUUCUUUUGCCAAUAAGUUUAAGUAAAAGCUACUUGCCUUCCCUAAUGCAACUCUUAACAAAAAUAGUUUUUUGAAAGAAGCUUAAUGCAUGUUAAAACUUAUCGAACAAACUGAAAAAUAAGUCUCAGAAAUAGAAACUUUGUUACUAAAAAAGGAUAACUUAAUUCAAUACUUUUAAAGUUUAUUGAAUAACCUAAAUUUUUAUUAUGAAAAACAGAUCCAAGAACUUCAAAAAUACUUUAAUAGAUUACUUUAAAGUUUUAAGACAAUACUGAUGUUACAAUAUAAAAUAGAGUCUGUUUCUUUACCUGAAAAAUUAAUCGAAAUUAAAUAACAAUAUUGUUAUAAGCUUUCAUAUUAAUUUAUACAAAAAUAAAGAUUGAACAUUUUAUAGCAGAAAUAACAAUUAAUUGCUUUUAAAGAAUGA